AUGACUUCGCUGUCCGGCGUAACCCGAAUGCCCUUCUCGGAGCUCGGCAUUGAUCGAAUCAGCGAAGACCAGGAAGCCAUCAGGAGCCAAAGCAGCGACACGGGGCUUUCGUCGCUAUUCGGAUCCGAGGAGGGAGGCGGGAAGGAAGGGCAGGAUCUGGAGGCUAUGGGUCUUCCUAGUAGACCAGACGGGCAGAUCAAUGCCCAGUCGGCGGCUGUUGAUCAAGCUGCGAGUCAGAAGAGUCACUCUGGAGCGUGCUGCGCGUGCUCGAAGAACCUGGCUGAGCAGCACAGCACAGAGAUUGAAAACCUACACGAUAACCUUCGCUCCAAGGAAGAAGCACUCAUAUACUCCAGCGAGACGAUCCGGAAGCAGGCCAGGACGAUCGCAAUGCUAGAGGGGCGGGACGAGCACCGGGUUGCCCAUAUUCGCUUCCUGGACGGUAACUCCCGCCUCAAGGACCGUCGGAUCGAAGAGCUCCGGGACUAUAUUGUUGCUCAAGCCGGGCCGCCAAUCGCUCGGCGCACCCUCAUCGACGGCGGAUUCGUCAACCUGAACGCCCCUUACCAUUCCGCGUCUCCCUUCAAGCUCGACGUCGACCUGAACGAUUUCGGCGGUCCUGCCUCUGCUCGGUCCGACUAG